AUGACAAGGGGGGUAUUACAAUUCACGCCGAUCGAUGAAGACGAAGCUUUCUUAAGCUGGAGAAUAAUCAAGACCAUCAUCGCUGCUGGUGGUGGUUUCAUGACUGAUGCUUACGAUUUGUUUGUGAUUGGUCUUCUCACCAAGUUGAUGGGACGCAUCUACUACCCAGAUAUUCAACAUGCUCUUCCAUAUGCCCCCAGUGAUCUCCCAAAUCGUUCUGCCUACGCGCUCAAGUCUGUUGCCUUGAUUGGCACCCUCGUUGGACAGCUCACCUUCGGUCACAUGGCUGAUUUGAUCGGACGCAGACCUGUUCACAUUGCGACCAUGAUCAUCAUGAUCAUUGGCGCCUUGGGUUCUGGAAUGUCUUUCGGUACCACUGGUGAUGCCAUUGUUGGAACUCUCUGCUUCUGGCGUUUCUUCCUUGGUCUCGGAAUCGGAGGUAUCUACCCCCUCAGUGCCACCGUUAUGAGUGAGACUGCUUCCACCAAGUGGCGUGGAACCUACGUGGCUGCAGUGUUCUCCUUCCAGGGCUUCGGAUUCUUGCUUGCUGGAAUCGUCACCAUCAUUCUCGCAGCUAUUUGGAUGCCCUUUGAUCCUUCAGCAGACUUUCUUUGGAGAACCGCCCUCUCUCUCGCUUGCAUCCCACCAGUUAUCACUUUGUACUAUCGUAUCAUGAUCCCUGAGACUGAGAGGUACGAGGUUAUCGUGAAGGGAGAUACUCAGACUGCAGCCAAGCAAGUUGGACUUGACGAUCCAACCGUUGUGCAAGCUACUGGCUUGAAGGCCAGGGGUCACACUUGGGGUUCCUUCCUUCGAUUGUACGGCCUCCCCCUUCUUGGAUGCGCGUGUUCUUGGUUCCUUCUUGAUAUUGCUUUCUACUCGCAGGGGUUGUUCCAGGCUGAUGUUUUCACCAUUGUCGGAUGGCUCCCUCCUUCCUACACCAUGAAUGCUGUUGACGAGGUUUACCACGUUGCUCGAGCUCAGCUCAUCAUCUCGAUGGCCUCUAUCAUUCCCGGAUACUGGUUCACCGUUGCCUUCAUCGAGAUCCUUGGACGUACUAGGAUCCAGUUCAUGGGCUUCUUCUUCAUGACUCUGUUCAUGGGAAUUCUUGCAGGAAUGUUCCAGAAGCUCAUCGACACUCACCAGGUCUCCAACUUCAUCGGAUUGUACGCUCUUACCUUCUUCUUCGCCAACUUCGGGCCCAACUCUACCACCUACAUCUUGCCUGCUGAGGUGUUCCCCGCAUGGUUCCGUGCAACAGCUCACGGUAUUUGCGCUGCUACUGGCAAGACUGGUGCGAUCGUUGGUUCCUAUGGGUUUGGUAUCCUCAAGGAUACUCCUACCCACAAUGCUGGCUUGCAGACUGUGCUCAUCGUUCUCACCAUUGUCAAUGUUCUCGGUCUCAUCACUACCCUUCCUAUCCCAGAGCCCAAGGGCAAGACCUUGGAGGAGAUGGGUCACGAGGUUGAGGAUAUGUCGAGCAUGCACACGGAUGAAAGCAUGGAGCCACCUUAUCCUUCGAUGAUGGGACAGCCGAUGUUUGUGAAUCGCUAUUAG